AUAAAUUCGUACGGCAACAACAAAGUAUACAACAAAAGUUUCCAAAAAUUUCAGCGUCUUCAAUUCAAAGCUAAAUAUUUGUGUUUGCUGUCAAGUGCAUAUGUAUUAACAAAACUUGUCUAAAUUAAUUUCAUAAAUCUGAUUGAUGAAGAAGUUAAUUGUGAUACGCAUAUUUAACACUAAUUUUGACAUAUAUAUGUUUCAAAAAUAUCCUUUAAAUGUUGUCGAACGCAUGCAAUCGUGAAAAUAUCUUACAAUUAUGCUUGGAAUGACUUAAGUUGAUAUAAUAAUCAGUAUCAGUCUGAUUCGAAAUACAUAUAUAGGGUUUUUUAAAGGAACAUUCGAUAUCAAGCUUAGUUUAAGACAUACAAAAUUGUUCAAAAUGUCAACUUUCCGUGGUGUAAAUUUUCAUGACUUGUGUAGGGUCUGUACAUCUCAUUCAGAGCAACGUAUCAGUAUAUUUUCGGCUGAUGGAAAGAGCAAAAAUCUUUGCGCUAAAAUAGCUGACAGUCUGUCAUUGAUGGUUGACGAAAAAGAUCGUCUCCCAAAGGUUGUAUGUGUAACUUGUUUGGAACAGAUAGAGGAAUUUUAUAGAUUUCGAAAUAUUUGCAAAAAUUCGCAAAAUAUGUUAAGCGUCUGUUUGAAGCAAGCUACACAACAUAGUACCGGGAAAGACAUAAAAGAUGUUAUAGCAGCGAAUACUGGCAAAAGCCUUAGUGUUAUGUGCAACAACGCUUCAAAUAUUCGGUUGAAUGGUUGCGCUCAAUCCUCAGUAGACGUAAACAACACCACACAAUAUCCUGCAAUAACACCUCAGCAAAAUUUUUCUAACUUAGGAACAAUUUCGAAUAACAGUAGUGACAUCCUUAACUCGAUUAUGCAGUCGAUUGGAUUACCACAAACUACGGUCGCUAAUCCAGUGGAUAAGCCUAUCAUACAAGAAUACACAUUUACAGUAGAUAGUAAAGGAGCAUUGAAGACUGAACCUUUUCAGUAUAAAUCAGAUACUUCGUCUGUGGUUACUACAUUGCAGAACCCACAACCUGUUCAACAACAAAAACCCAGUAUCACUUUAGACUCUGAUCACAAAACAUUAACUGAAUUUCUUAAAUUGAAACCAAACAUAAAAGUAACUCCUUUAGGAAAAAAUAACAGUAAAAAAAUAGACGAGCAACAACAAUCUGCACAAUUGCAACUCCAGCCAACACAAAUUAUCCAGCAACAAGAGCAGAACAACAACAGUAACAACAGCCAGCAUAUGCAUAUUCAACAGCAGCAACCUUUAUCGCAAACCACAACAGCUGCUGCUAGUCUGCAAUUGCAACAACUUCAACAGCAAUUGCAACAAUUUCAAUUACAACAACAGUUGCAGCAACAAAUACAACAAAUAACAUCUCAACUGCAACCACAGUCUACAAUCACUCUUGGUGCUCCAUCUUCUACGGGCGAGGAGACAAGUCCAAGCAAAAGCAAAAAACCAAAACUAAAUUUCGUAUUAACUUCACCAACUUCACAGACAAUUACGGCCUCGUUACCUCAACUAGCUAUGAAUGCUGGAACACAGCCUCCACAAAUUCAAUUACAAUUUCAAGCUCCUCAGACACAGUCUCAGGCUACUGCGGCGACACUGCUGUCAAACUUGGCACCAUUUUUGCAACAACAAUCACCACAAACGCACAAUUCAGCGAGCAUACUACAAACUCCAACGUCAUCAACAACACCAGCAACACUAAUGACUUCACCGAAUAAAUGCUAUCUUCCUAUUACAAUCAAGGAUGAAAAUUCGGAUCAACAAAUUGUGGCCCAUAUAGAUGCGAAAAACUUUAUGCUUCCUACAACAUAUCAAUUACAAAUGAAAUUACAACCACAGAUCGCUACAGUAGACGGACAGCCAAUUGUACAAUUGACACCUACAUCUAUACCUGCAACCCUGCAGCUGGCGUCGUCGGCUUUGAAUAACCAAUCUUUCCAAACGAUAACAGGUAAUAUGAUGCAAACAAUUCCUUCGACUAUACAAUCGCCACCGCAACAACAGCCACCGGCACAGCAACUUUCAAUGAAGCAGACAUCACUGCUGAAACAAGCGGCGCAAGUAACCUCUCAACAAAUAAUACAGCCGGCAACACAAUUCACCAAUGACGUUGCUACUUCGACGAAUGAUCAAAUAGACGACUUUGUGCCGAAUAAAAUUGACAACAAACAAUUUCCAAAGGAGGUUGACAAAGUAAUAAAACAACAAAAAUACAGACUUUCACAGCAGGCUGGCGGUGGUGCAAUUGAAAUAACACCAGCAACACAACAAAUUAUGCAACAAGUGCAAAAACAGCAACAAACCCAGCAAAAACCAUGCCAGCAGCAGCAAAAGCAGCAUCAGUCGCAACAGCCGCUGAAAGAAGAACAACAACUACAAACACAAAAGCAAAUACAGGAUGUGGUAACGUCAUUAAGGACACAGUCACACAACGGCGUAACGGUGCACCGCGUAACUAACAAAUCAACAAUCAAAUCACAACAACAAAAACAAGUGUUGCAACAACCGCAAUCGAACGCGCCAAUGCAAACUAAAAUCCCAAUGCUGCAGAAAAAGGAUGUGACAAUCAGCCGAAUAAGCAAUACCGCACAAACUCAACAGCAACAACAACAGCAGCAACAAGCAUUACUGAAGCUUUUGCCUACAUCCAAAGUGGAUGUAAGAACAAAAGGCACCAGCCCCACAGGUGCGCAAAUACAGCAAAGACAACCUCAAAUGCAUUUGCAAUCAAAACAGCAGGAUACUCAAUCGCAACAAAUUCAAACGAUGAACGGCCCAUCCCUCCAAAAAAAUGCGCGAAAGCCGGAAAAGACCUUAUCAAUGCAGCCUCAGGCGCAACCACAACAACUCUUGAAUACAGUGGGUGAUACAGCAAUAACUGCAGAACUUUCUCAUCAACAGCAAUGUGCUGCGAAUUCCAGCGAAGCUGACGAUGCAGUGAAAGUGAAAACUGAUGGUGUAGUUGCGCACGGUAUUGGUCCAAAUGGGCUGGAAUGUAGCCAGUGUGGACGCGUUUUCAAGAAGAAAGAGCACCUAACACAACACGUUAAACUGCACGCUGGCUUACGGCCCUUCAAGUGCAAGGAGGAGCAAUGCGGAAAGGCAUUCAGUCGGAAGGAGCACCUCAUGCGUCAUGAAAUCUCACAUUCAGGUCGAAAACUAUUCAGUUGCGAUGUUUGCCAUAAACCAUUCUCACGCAAAGACAACCUCAACAAGCACAGAAGAAUUCACACUACUGGCACAAGUAUUUACAAUUGUGAAAUAUGCAACAAACAAUUUGCUGUCAAAGCAUACUACGAAGAGCAUAAGCAGAUGCAUGAAAAUGAGUCUGAGUCCGCGGUUGUGGAGAAUACAAAUCAAAAGGAUGAGAAAACAACAAAUGGGCCAAACACCAUCAAUACAAAUCUGACUGUGCAAAAUUCACAAGAUGCCAAUAGACAGCAACAACAACCAUCGCAAAUGUUGCAAUCAGCUCAGCAACAACAAACGCAAUUGUUACAACCUACGCAGCAACAACAAACACAAUUGUUCACACAGCAGUCACAACAACAUCAACAACAAACGCAUUUGCUGCAACAUUCUCAACAACAACAACAACAUGCUUUGACAGCUAUACCGCCGUCCUUAAUGUCUACAAAUCAACCAACCCAAACACAACAAAUACAAAUAGUUCAACAUCAAGCGGGCAACACACAAUUUCAGCAGCAGCAACAACACAUAAUGCAACUACAAUUGCCGGCAGUUGUAGGCACACAGGAUUUGGCAGGCAACACUAUUACCAUAACGCAAUCCCAUGAUCCAACACUGAAAGCCACAAUCGGUAGUCAUGAUGCGACGGUGCUAAAUCUGCCUUCAUCACUGGCAAACCUUAUGCAUCUCAGCCAUGCACAGUUUGUGAACCCAGCCACCGGGCAAAUAAUGGGUCAUAUAAAAAUUGAGAAAUGAUUAAAAUUACAAGAAUUUUAAAAGUCAUAGUUAUAAAAAUUAUAAAUUAUUUUAAUGAAUUAUUUGCUACUUACAUCACAUUGAAAAUGUGCCUACAUGAAAUACUUAAAACCAUAUAUAUAUUGUACAAACCGAAGCAUAUGUCCCUAGUGUUCAAUUAGGAAAACACAUUAUUUUUUUGUUAAUUAAUUAGUUAUAAUUUAUUCAAUUGUUGAAAACAUUUGUGAAUUAUCUGCGUUGUAAUUUAUUAAGACACAUUUUUAAUUCAUACUUUUUCAAAUGUUUAAUUAUUAUUUUAUUAUCAAUUGAAUAUAUGUAUGUAUAUUAUUAAUUGAUUGUGAAAUUGCUACCGCUCAAAUAUUAUGUUAAAUUUUUUCCAUUUCGCUAGUCAUAUGAAUAUUAUUUUAUCGGCACAAAUGCAAUUUGAGUAUUUAUCUUCGCUAGUAAGGAUUAAGCAUUAAUGAAACUCUUUUAAACAAUAUUUUUAUAUAAAUGAUACAGCAAUGGAAUGAACUGAAUUUAAUGAAUACUAUAAAAUAACAGAUACUCAUAAUUAUAUACAUACAACAAAUGUAUAAAUUUCAUAAACACUUUUUUUACAAUUGUAUAUGUAACUAAAUACAUCUAUUCAUGGUCAUAGCUUAUUUUAUAGAUACCUAGAAAUGAAAUGCCAUAACAUAUUUU